GCGCAGGACGCAGGCGCGCAGUCAGAAAACACGAGACUCAAGCUGAGAGACGCUGAUCCGGUCUGAGGUGUGGAUCUGAGGAAGGAUGGAGGCACUGAAGGUGGAAAAGUUCACGACUGCCGACCGGGGAAACGGGCUGCGCGCCGUGGCCCCACUGCGGCCCGGGGAGCUGCUCUGCCGCUCCGAUCCCUUGGCUUACACUGUGUGCAAGGGGAGUCGUGGCGUCGUCUGCGAUCGCUGCCUCCUGGGGAAGGAAAAGCUCAUGCGGUGUUCUCAAUGCCGAAUUGCCAAAUACUGCAGCGCCAAGUGUCAGAAAAAAGCCUGGCCGGACCACAAGCGGGAGUGCAAGUGUCUUAAAAGCUGCAAGCCCAGAUAUCCACCCGACUCCGUGAGACUUCUGGGCAGGGUUAUCGUCAAACUGAUGGAUGAAAAACCCUCGGAGUCAGAGAGACUUUAUUCCUUUUAUGAUCUGGAGUCCAAUAUUAGCAAACUCACCGAAGAUAAGAAAGAGGGCCUGAGGCAACUUGCAAUGACCUUUCAACAUUUCAUGAGAGAGGAAAUCCGGGACGAGUCUCAACUGCCGCCAUCUUUUGACCUUUUUGAAGCCUUUGCAAAAGUGAUCUGCAACUCAUUCACCAUCUGCAACGCGGAGAUGCAGGAGGUCGGCGUUGGCCUGUACCCCAGUAUGUCUUUGCUGAAUCACAGCUGUGACCCCAACUGCUCCAUUGUGUUCAACGGGCCCCACCUCUUACUGCGUGCAGUGCGAGAAAUUGAGGCAGGAGAGGAGCUCACCAUCUGCUACCUGGACAUGCUGAUGACCAGCGAGGAACGCCGGAGGCAGCUGAGGGACCAGUACUGUUUUGAGUGUGACUGCAUUCGAUGCCAAACGCAGGACAAGGAUGCUGAUAUGCUAACGGGUGACAAGCAAAUAUGGAAGGAGGUUCAAGAGUCUCUGAAGAAAAUCGAAGAGCUGAAGGCGCACUGGAAGUGGGAACAGGUUCUGGCCCUGUGCCAGGAGAUCAUAACCAGCAACUCCGAGCGGCUUCCCGACAUCAACAUCUACCAGCUGAAGGUGCUCGACUGUGCCAUGGACGCCUGCAUCAACCUGGGGAUGCUGGAGGAGGCGCUGUUCUACGCCAUGCGCACCAUGGAACCGUACCGGAUUUUUUUCCCUGGAAGCCAUCCCGUCAGAGGUGUGCAAGUGAUGAAAGUUGGCAAGCUGCAGCUCCAUCAAGGCAUGUUUCCCCAAGCCAUGAAGAAUCUGAGGCUGGCCUUUGACAUUAUGAAAGUGACCCAUGGCCGAGAACACAGCCUGAUUGAAGAUUUGAUUCUUCUCCUGGAAGAAUGUGAUGCCAACAUUAGAGCCUCCUAAGGACACCUGGAAGGACAGGGAAGGUGGCACACCCUCCAUCGAGCGCCUUACUGAGAUCACACACUCUGUGAUGUUUGUUGUGUGGACCUCCUGUAGAAAUUGCCAAUGUGUUUUUGUGGGUAAAUGUGUUUCUGUGGCAUGUCGUGAGAAGUCUUAUUCGUGGUAGAGCAGAACCAUUAUAAUAAAUAUAAAAGAUGAGUCCAAAAUGCCACUGGCCACUUGGUUUUGCCUACUCAUGGGCAGUUUUGAUGGUUAAGAUGUCAGCAUUGGAAACAGGAACUUAACAAAAGAAAAUGGAAUUCCAGGCAGCACCUGAGAGGCAGAGGCAGGUGGAUCUCCAUGAGUUCGGGGCCAGUUUGGCCUACACAGUGAAUUCCAGGACAGCCAUGGCUGUGUGGAGAGACCCCGUCUCAGAAAUAAAACAAAAAUAGGGUAGAAUAAGUUCAGGUUUCCUCUGUGUGUGUAUAUAGAAGUAAAUGCAUAAAAGUAAUCAUUUUCAUAUAGACUUCUAAACACAAGUGUAUGUCAAGAAGAUUUUUUAUUGUUGUACUCUUAUCUUUAUUGUCAAGUCUUAAUUGUACUUAUUAAUGUGGUUCACUGUGAUAUUUCUAUAUCUGAAUACACACAUAUGGUAUACACCUACCAUUGAGGAAAUCUGGUCUCUUGUUUCUUUUUCUGCCUCCAUGGUUCACCAUUUCUCACAGCCUCCCCCUGCUCCUGGCUUUUACACGUGACGGGGAAAUCACAGUCCUUGUCUCUGUCCCUGGCUUAUCUCCCUUUGCAUAAUUUCCUCCAGUUCUGUCCAUUCUGCUGCAGCUGACAGAGCUUCACUCUUCUUUAUGGCUGAGCAAUAUCCCAUUAUUUGUGUAUACUUUGUACAUGUUGGAGAGCACCUAAGGUAAUUGCAGCCUUGGCUAUUAUGAAUGGCUUCACAGUAGACAUGUGCUGGCUCUCUGCCUGCAGGUCCAGGCGAGAGGAGAGAGCCCGGUCCAGCCGAGAACCUGGUCCAGCCAGGGCUGAGUGGGAUGGUGAGUGUCUCUGGCCAAAACAAACACACCCGGCUGGGGAGCCUGUCAAAGCAAGAACUCGUUUUAUUGUAUCAAUCUUUUGUUUAUAUAGGAUUGAGGAAGGGGGUGGGGAUUUUUGCUGAGGUGAGAUGACAUGGGGGAUGGGGAAGGGUGACAAGGGUAUGGGGUGACUGACAGGGCCAACUAAGUUAUUCUACAUCAGUGGUCGCUAGGCAAAGACAGGCUUAAGCAGGUCCUGCUGAAGUCACUCGAAUUCAAGACAGGUCUCUAAACUCAAGCAAAGGCUUAAGCUUCCUCACUAGGCCUCAGUAUCUGGCCGAUAAGGCCCAACAGACAUAGGCAGGCAAGUAUGUUAGGGAUUCACAGUUUCCUCUGACAUACACCUAGAAGCAGGAUGGCUGGAUCCCAUGGUGGUACUCUUUUCACAUCUAAGAUGAAUCUCCAUAUUCUCUUUGGCUUUAGGUUCCCACCAACAGUGUUUGAGAGUUCCUGUUCUCCAUGUUCAUGCCAGCAUUUGUUAUGGGUUUUUAUUUGCUUUGCUGUUGGCUUUAAUUGCGGGCAUACAUGAUAUUUCAUCGUAGCUUUAAUUUCCCUGAUGACCAAUGGUAUUGAUUGUGCCUCGUGUAUUUGUGACUGUACGGAACAGUUGUUCAUUUUGCAAUCAGAUUCUUGCUUUUCGAAUUCCUUACAUAUAAGUAUACUAUGUGUUAUGCAUAUGACUCCUUCAUUGGGAGGAUAGUAGACAGACAAUUCUCUAGUCAUGUAGAUUGUCUUUUCCUCUGCUGUUUUGUGUGCCAUACAGAACUUCAGUGUAAUUGUUUGUCUGUCUUCAAUUGUUUGUCUGUCUUCAGUUCUGAUCCCUUUGCCUCGAUGAUCAGAGAAAGCCAUUGCUUGUUCCGGCAUCUACGAUACUCCAUCACCCUUACUGACAUGUUUCCAUGCAUGUUCCUAGUUCAGAUCUUGUAUUUGGUCUUUGAUCUGAGCGGAAAUCCAUCCAUAGUGAAAAGGUUCCGUUUUCGUCUCUUGCAUGUGGGUGUCUGCUCUCCCUGCACACUUUGUUGAAGAGGCCAGCCACACAGCCUGCGUGGUUUGGGCACUUUUGUCAAGAAGGAGCUGGUUCUAGAUGUGCAAACUUACUUUUGGGCUCUCUGUUCAGUCCCAUGGGUCCCUUGAUCAAUGGCCACGCCGUGUCUACUAACAUGGCUCUGUGGUAUGUCUUGCCGUGAGGUGUCAUGUUGCCUCGGGCCUCAUUGUUUUUGCUCAAGAUUGUUUUGUCUGUUCUGAAGAAGCAGAAUUUUUAAAUUUUGUCUUUACUCCUCUGCGAUGAAUAACUACAUGUGUUAUUUCUUCCUGAAUACCUCUCCAACACAGGAAUCAUCAUCUUAAAUCCUAAGACUAGGCCAUUUCAGACAUUACUAGAAAAUUAUGUCUCACACAAAAAAGAAAAAGAUACUAAAGUUAGCUCUUUGUAUUAAUCUUUGUCAUACUUUGUAAUUCUUUGUGUGUGUUAAAUUUUUCUUAACCUUUCUUCUUCUGUAAUUGCUCAAAUCUGUGCUUUGGUGUGCUGGUGGGCAGAGCAGAAAGCUCUAUUGCCCUAUAGUAAACUGUGUUCUCAUC